GGUUUAUUUAUAAAUAUUUGUCUAUAUUUGUUCAGUCUAGUAAAUUUAUGCAAAAGUAUUUUUAUGUUAUUCAACUUAUAUUCUGCCUGAGGUCAUUUUAGAUUUUGUCAUCAACAAUUCUGUAUUUGUUUUACAUAUUAUGACAGUUUUAAAUAUAAUGAAGAAAAUAAACAAAAAAAUACCUGGUAUUCUACCUCCGCCUCCUAAAAGCGAGAUUGAUGGAAAAAUAGCCGAUUUAUCUUCUAAAACUAUGGCAGAAUUACUUGAACUAAGAGAUCGCCAGCUGAAACUAUUAAACAAUAAGCCAUUUAUAAGUAAAUUAGCAGAUAAAGGAGCAAAAAUUCAAGCAUUCUAUGACAAAAUCUUAGCAGAAAUAAAAGCCAAAGAAGAAGAAGAGCAGACUUGUAAUUUAUUCAGUAAUAUGAAGUUGAACUCAAUUGAUAAGAAUUCGGUGCAAGAUAUAGAAUGGCAAGGUAAAAUAGAACAAAACAAAAAUACCUAUCUUGAUUCUGAUGACGACAGUGAGCCAGAAGACGUUUUACAUAUAUUAAGUCAGAAAACAACAGAAGAAAAGAAAGUUAAAGUUCUCAGACCUGAAAAACCACUCAUUACACCAGAAGAUCUACUCAGUAUUGGAGAAGUCCCACAUGUUAAAUAUAUUGUUGAGAAAACUGAAAAUAAAAACGUUAAACCAAAAACAACAGGUCACUUCAAGCCAUAUAAGACAACAACAUCAGAUGUACACAAUCCCGAAAAGGAGAUACAGAGAAAAAAGCAUAAAUAUUGGGAGGUUACUGCAGCGACACCUCCACCUAUAGUUCAUGGUCCAGCAAAAGUACUUAGUUUGGAAGAAUCAUUAAAACUACAGCAAGACUAUUAUGUUCACUUAAAAGAAAUAGAAGCGAUGCAUGCAGCUGAGAAACUGUUAGCAAGAGUGGGUGUGAAGAUGCCUGCUUUACCGGAUGAUACAUCUAAAUUUGGUGCCUAUAGAAGUACUGAGCGAGAUAGUGAUGAUUCAGAAUCUGAAUCAGACCCCGAAGGCAGUGAUAAAGAGGUUCAUGAUGAUGAGCCAGAGCGGGGCGGUGUUAUUUUCACAGUCAUGAACUGAUUAAGAACAUCUAUAUUUUUGAUAGUUGUCUUGGUAUAGCAGUAAGCGCAACAACAUGAGACUGUAAAAAAAGUUAGAUGGAAAAAAGAAUUUAUCAAUUGGCUGGUACAAAUUAAACUGAAGAAUAUUAUUUGAAAUCUCUCAUACUUUCUUACCUAUACAAUUGUAAAUUGAAUCAGUAUUUCCAUUUUUAAUUUUUAAUGUAAUUAAAUUAAAUAUUACAUUACGGCUUCAGUCAUUGUCAGUAUACCUACAUCCAUUAUAAACUUGUUAGGUACUAUCUAUUUGCAUACCAAAUAAGAUUCAUAUCUACUUUAAUAAGAAAAUAAAAUUAUUUAGAAUCUGAAUUGAUUAAAUAUUAUUUAUUGCA